UUCCAAAUGCCCCCAGGAUUUCGCGGUUAAUCGUGACCCUCGGCGCAGCCUUUUCUGAUUGGCUCUGAGGAACCACUGAUCAAACGUCACUUCCGGCGGAAGAGGACGCGGGAGAUUCGAGUAGAAGGUGUUUGGCGAGUUGUUGGGUCUAUCUGGACUGCGGCCUUUCGGCGUCGCCCUGGCUGUCUCCCAGUCUUGAAUUAGGAGUCCUGUCUGUAAAGGGAAGCUUUGACAGUACAAGAGUAAAAGGGUCAGUGACUUUAGACCGUGCCGCUGGGAUCACUAUGUGAACGUUUGUUGCGAACACUGGGCUGUCGAACUAGACACAGGGAACCUAAGAAAAGAUCUGUGUUGCUGGAACUUAUUCAGGAAGGACUCUUGAAUAAGCCCACUGGUGGAUGCCAUCUGGACCAUCUGGAUCUGGAUUUUGGAGGACAUAAGAAAGGAAGAUGCCAUAUUCCAUCAUUUGUUGCACUGUCAAGGAAUCAGGCCACAGUGUGAACGCAUGAAUAGAAGAAGAAAAUUUCUUCUUGGCUCAGUACUUGCUCUUCAGAAUUCGAGUUUUAUAUAUCCAUCAUGUCAAAUGUGCUUCUCUCGGAUAAUCUUUGUCUCCAAAAGAUCUAGUUGUCCAAAAUGUGGCUCCACUGGUGAAGCUGAAAAUGCCAGCUACAGAUAUAAACUCUCUUUGAAAGUUGCAGAAUCAAAUAAAUUAUUUGCUAUUACUGUAUUUGGAAGCUGCUUAGACACAUUUUUUGGUCUGACUGCCACUGGUUUACACAGGUAUAUUCAGGAUCCUAAUAAAAUCCCAGAAACACUGGGCAGUGAUAUAACUCAGAACCUAUUAACUAAAGCUGUUGAAACUUGUUUUGUCGGACAAAGCUUUAUUUUUGGAGUGACGAAUUUUGAAAAACAAUAUGGAAAUGGUUCAGGUUCUAAUAACUUCUUACCACAUUGCCAUGGCCACAGAAGAGAAGUCAGAGCACUAGUAGCUUGUCAGAUUCUUCUACCAAACCCCCAUGUUGCAGGCUUUACUGUCAUUGACUACUUUCAGCAGCUUUUGCAGACUUCCAAUUUCAGGAAACUUCACUGUGCCUUCCAGGAACCUAAUAGUCACUUACUUGCUUUAGAUCAUUCAAAUAGUGAUCUCAGCAGUAUAAAUGGCUCUGAAAGCACUUCCUGUUUUUCGGAGCUCCACAGCCAAGAUGAUUUUUCAAGAUUCUGGCAGCCAUCACUUGAACUCACUUCCAUUGUUUCACCACUAAUAGAUAAUGAUGAUUUGUCAGCUUCAGAACAAACAAUGGCCAUUAGUUCUCUUCAUCAAAACAGAAAGUGCAUCUCCUUUGCAAAUGUUACUGGUUCUAGCAGUUGCCGUGAUCCCGUUCAGGGUUCGUGGAGCCUCAUUUCAUAUAUGGAUAAAAAGAGUACAACAGAAAAGUUGGAUGAGGAACUUGGCUUACAAGCUAAUCAACCGAGUACAAUUCAUAGCAAUCAUCAUGAAAUUAGAGUUACUGACUUUAAUUUAUUUCCUUUGAAAAUUCAAGAGCCACUUGAGUCAAAUAAUGCAGAAUCCUUCCAUAGUCCAGUGAAAAUUAACAAUAGUUAUUCUCAAAGUGAGAUUAAAUGUUAUCCACAUCAUGAUGUAAAUACCACGACCAGCCUUCAAGAAAUAUCUGCAUAUUGUCCAUCUUUAUCAUUUAGAACUGGGGAGAGAACUAGCAAUUCCCAUGAUUAUGACCCUAUGAUUUGGGAUGAUCUGCCAUUCUCUGAAAGCCUGAACAAAUUUCUAGCAGUUAUUGAAACUGAGAUUGCUAUAUCCCAAACAGAUGCCAGGAAAAAGAAAAAUGAUGUAGAUAAUGACAUCAGUAAAUUCCUUGCAGACCACAACAGGUUAUGUGUGACUCCCCAGAGAACUGCUGAAGCUCUGUAUUCACCACCUAUAGUUUUAAGAUCAUCACAAGCUAAAGUCAAAACACACUGUAGCAAAGAUAACUUCUUUUCCAGCUGUGAAGCAAAUCUAAGUCCUGUUAUUCAAAAGGAGUCAAAAUCAGAUAACACAGCAGAGGUUGUCUCUAUAGGCAAUAAUGGAAGGGAUAUUUCAGAAUAUUUUCUCCCAGACCCUUAUCUUUCAACUCUGUUUCCAUCUUCAAAAGAUUUAGAAACAACAGUUAAAAAGACUAUCAGGAUUCUACCACAUAAGGAUGAAAUUUCACUUAGGCCCAGUACUUCAGAGAAUGACCAGUUUUGUCUCAGUGUCAAAUAUUUUAGUGGAGAAAAGUCACUUUCAGAAAUGAAUGAAGAGUUGACAGCUCCAUGUUCUAGAAAGUACAAUGAUAUUUCUGAUGUUUGCAUAUUAGGAAACAAACAAUUUUAUAGGUCGCCAAAGAAUCAAGGUGACAGUUUUACAAUUUGUAAGAAACUAACAUAUUCUUUAGAAACUCUUUGUAAUAGUCCAAGUACAAAUACAUUGAAAGAAAUGCCUUUUGGACAUAUCGAUAAUAACUUAACACAAAGCUAUUCUGAUCAUGAAGAUAGCUACAAUGCUUCUGCUGAUCUCUUUGAUGAUAUUGCUAAAGAUGUGGCCAUUGCAACAGAAAUUAUCAAAAAACCACAGGAUAUUUUGUUACAGUGGGAAACAUCCUUGACAGAAAAUCAUCUUGCAGAGCCUGAUUUUUCAGUUAGAUCACUUUCUGACAAUUCCAGCAAAACUUCACAAAAAUCAUCCUUGCAAAGCCUAUCUACCUCUAAGUAUCUAAGAACAUACUCUCCUCCACCUCAUUUUCAGUCAGAUUCAGAAUGUGACCUUGAAGAGAGCCAAGACUUUGUUCCAUGUUCACAGUCAACUCCAAUUGCAAGAUUCCACCAAAAAAUUAAUGGGAUAGAUGAAGCUUUCAAAAAAUUGCCUGCCUUUUAUUCAGAUCUUGAUGCUAACCAUAAAAAAAUAAGGAUUUCUCCUGAAAAUGACAAACAGCCAGCCAACCCAAGCUGCUCAAAACACAUGAAAACACAUAGCCAGAAAUUCAGAAGCCCGGAGAUGUUCAGCAAUUGUAGUAUUUCUGAGUGUCUUGAAACUGAUAUUGAGGAAUGGGUCCCUCCUACCACAAAAAAAGAUUCGCUUGGAUUCCAAGUCAUAGGUCUAAAGAAGUGCUUUACUGCCCAUAAUUCUCCUGAUCAAAGAGAAUUACCAAGAAAGAAACUAAAGCAAGUCAAGCAAAGAACUGAUGUAUUUUUAGUCAAGAAAAAGUUUAAGAAUAUGUCUACAGAAAUAGUUGCAAAACAGAAAACUCCUAAAUAUAACUGUAAACAGUCAGGCUGGAUUUCCAAAGAGUCAAUUCUUGGACUUGAUUGUUUUUCAGAAGUCAAAUAUUGCCUUCCAUCUUCAGUUUCUGAUACUAAAAGUACUUGGUCACCUGAAUUGUUUUCAUAAAAAGUCACCUGAACUCAAUUCUUCAACUUUUAAGUAAAGGUAAAUCUGUUUGGAAACUUCCCUCCAGUGGCAUGGGGAGCAUUCUUUACAUUUUGAACACUCUGACAGAAGUAAAUAAGAAAGGGACUGUACUGGGUCUUUUAAAGUGUAAAACCAUAUCCCCCCCACCCCCCGGAUUUUAUCCAGAAUACUGUUUAUUUAGAUUAUUGAGCACUUUAUCUUAUGUUGAUUACAGAUAGUAAUAUUGUUAAAUUUGCUUUUUAAAAGUAUUUGUUAAAAUCAGAAAAUAAAGCCUUUGGAAAUCAAACAUAAAAUCUUAACUGUUCAGCUGAGAUCUGGUAUUUUCUGAUCCAAGAUUUGUAAUGGGUGUUACA